AUUUGCAUGGUGGUCACUUAUAUGUGAAAUAUUCUAAGGCCCAGUGGUAUCUCCCUUAGUUUUUUCUACCACUUUUGUGUUCCUGGUACCUGCUUUGAAUAUACAAAGUAAAAUAAAAUCCACAUUUGUAAGGCUGAUAUGUAGCGCUCAUUGUUUUCUUCUUUGAUCUCUGACAGAAACGAACCAAUAGAAAUAAAGCACUUUGCUGGCAUCUUACAAAAAGUCAUUGUUGACUGUACACACAGUCAUUGACACACACUUGCUUGGUUUGGUAUUGGUUGAAAUUGUUGCAGCUGGAUGCAGUCCAAGAGACUGUUAUUUUUUUCCCGAGAGUUAGAGGCUAUUCGGAGAUUGUGGAAGUAGAACUACGACAUAUCAAGAUUUAAAACAUAAAUAUCUUGGAACAAUCAGAAGAACAACAUGGGAGAAACUGAGAAAAGCAUUGAAACUCAUAGAAUAAGAUGUCUUUCCAAGGUGAAGAUGUUUCUGUUGGCAUUAACAUGUGCGUAUGUGUCCAAAACACUAUCUGGAUCUUAUAUGAAUUCCAUGCUCACACAAAUAGAGAGACAAUUCAAUAUCCCGACCUCUCUAGUUGGAUUUAUUAAUGGGAGUUUUGAGAUUGGAAAUCUUUUGUUGAUUAUAUUUGUGAGUUAUUUUGGAACUAAGCUGCAUAGACCUAUAAUGAUUGGUGUUGGAUGUGCAGUUAUGGGAUUAGGUUGUUUCUUAAUAUCGCUACCUCAUUUUCUCAUGGACCGAUACGAAUAUGAAUCUACAGUUUCACUUUCAAGCAACAUGUCCUCCAACAGUUUCUUGUGUACAGAAAAUGGAACUGAGAUUUCAAGACCAACACAGGACCCAGCAGCGUGUGUGAAAGAAGUCAAAUCAUUCAUGUGGGUGUAUGUACUAGUGGGAAAUAUCAUACGUGGAAUGGGUGAGACACCCAUCAUGCCUUUGGGUAUUUCCUAUAUAGAAGACUUUUCCAAAUCUGAGAACUCUCCAUUGUAUAUUGGGGUUAUAGAAACAGGAACUAUCAUUGGUCCUUUGAUUGGACUUUUGUUAGCAUCAUUCUGUGCAAACAUUUACGUAGACACUGGGUCUGUAAACACAGAUGAUCUGACCAUAACUCCUACUGAUACUCGUUGGGUUGGUGCAUGGUGGUUUGGCUUUUUGAUUUGUGCAGGAGUGAAUGUCCUCACUGCCGUUCCUUUUUUCUUUUUGCCCAAAACACUUCCAAAGGAAGGACUAGAGGAUAAUCCCGACAUCAUUAAAGAGGAAAAACACAGAGGAGAAUUCAAGAAGGAAAAGCAAGGAAUCACUAAAGAUUUUGUACCAUUCAUGAAAAGUCUCUCAUGCAAUCCAAUUUACAUGCUUUUCAUACUUAUAAGUGUGCUGCAGUUCAAUGCAUUUGUUAAUAUGUUCUCCUUCAUGCCUAAAUACCUGGAACAACAGUAUGGAAAAUCAACAGCAGAAGCAAUCUUUCUCAUUGGUAUUUAUAACUUACCUCCAAUCUGCAUUGGAUAUAUACUUGGUGGUUUAAUUAUGAAGAAGUUCAAGAUUACUGUAAAGCAAGCUGCCCACGUAGCAUGUUGGUUAUCCCUACUGGAGUACCUUCUCUAUUUCUUGUCUUUUCUCAUGACCUGCAAGAAUUCUCCAGUUGCUGGCAUAACUACUUCUUAUGAAGGAAUUCACCAAGAUGUAUAUGUGGGAAAUAAGGUCAUUGCUGACUGCAAUAAAGUUUGCAACUGUCCGACUAAAAUAUGGGAUCCUGUGUGUGGAGACAACGGUUUAUCAUAUAUGUCUGCUUGCCUUGCUGGUUGUGAAACAUCCGUUGGAACUGGACUGAGCAUGGUGUUUCGAAACUGCAGCUGCAUUCAAACACCCGGAAAUGCAUCUGCGGUGCUCGGGCUGUGCUACAAAGGCUACGACUGUUCCUUGAUGCUCCAGUACUUCUUAAUCUUGUCAACAGUUAGCAGUUUCAUUUAUUCUUUAGCUGCCAUUCCUGGAUAUAUGGUUCUCCUGAGGUGCAUCAAGGCUGAAGAGAAGUCUCUUGGUGUGGGAGUACAUACAUUUUGCACAAGAAUAUUUGCUGGCAUUCCAGCACCUAUAUAUUUUGGAGCUUUAGUGGACUCUACCUGCUUACACUGGGGAACUUUGAAAUGUGGUAAGCCAGGGGCAUGCAGAAUAUAUGAUGCAACCAAUUUCAGGCACAUCUACCUUGGAUUGCCUGCAGGACUGCGAGCAGUAAGCUAUUUCCCAGCCUUCUUGACCCUGAUUCUUUUAAGGAAACGUCAUCUACCUGGUGAAAAUGACUCUGCAGGAACUGAGCUUGCAGACACGAAGGUUAUAGAGAAGGAAAAUGAGUGCAAAGAUGGACACAAAAAUUCCAAGGUCUUGAAUGAUGAAGAAUUGAAGACAAAACUAUAAUUCCCUGUUCUAUCAGCCUUCCCAGAGUUGGAGGACACACUGUACAGCUUAAUUAUUUUUAAAUCAUUAGAGACUGCAGGUAACUUUUUCUUGUCUUUAAGAACCUCAAA